AUGGAAAACAACCACUUUGCGUACACUUUGAGAGGCCAAAUUGAAGGCAUCUUCGCAGAGUGUACCCUUUCCAAAGAAAAGGGGGGGUUGCAAAAUGGGGACUCUCCUGUGGGUGUUCCCACUCCGGGGGAUGCUCCACACGAACAGGUGAACUUCUCCAGGGGGAAGAACAAAGUAGAGAGGCGUGGUUCGAAUAGGUAUGAGGACACAGGGUGGAGCGGCAGAAGAGGAGAGAGCAACCUGAAGAGGGAGGAAGAGUCCAUUUUUGGAAACGAUGGGAAAACCCUAAUGGUGCAAAGCUAUACGUCUCUACUGUAUGAGGGAUGUGAAGACAAGCUGCACGUUUUGCUAGCGAACAGAACGAUGAAGGAGGGAAGGGUGGAAAUGCAGAUAAGCGGAGAAGGGGAAAGCUUUAACCUCCCCUGCAGGUUGGCUGGAAAUGUCUUAAGUUCUUUUUCGCCCCCACUGGAGAAGGGGGUUUACAAGUUAUUUUUUUUUAUAAACAAAGAAAGGAUGCACGCAAAGUUGGUGUCCUGUGGGGUGGACAUGCUGUGCAGAGGCGUGCCGAGCAGAGACAUGCCGAGCAGAGACAUGCCGAGCAGAGGCAUUCUGAGCAAAGACAUGCCGUGGCUCCCCCUGCAUGUGAUCGAAAUGAGCCGCUUCGACCAAGUGGGUCAUUCUAGAGGGAUGAACAACCUCCCUCCCUACAGCAUCCGCGCAAACAACCACGUGCACACCAGUAGGGGUCUCCUAAAGAUGUAUGGCCUUAUGCACAAGCAGUGCAGGCAGAUGGCCAAUCGGGAAGGAACUCGCGAUGGAAGGGUGACCCUGGGGAUGGACUACCAACUGCACACCAACAGCGAUCGUCACUUUUAUGGGUUCCUUUCCGCUUACAAGGAGGCGUACACCAAGCAGCAUCCACAGGUAAAUGGGAAAAGGGGGGAAAAUAAAAAUCUACACAUAAAUAGUAUCAAUUUUGUUUCUUCGUUAAAUUUUGAAAACCAUUUGGAGCACUGUAGAAUCCCCACGAUGUACAAAAGGUUACUGUAUGACCAUUGUGCCUAUGGAGAUAAAGCGGUCAUCAUGAGUCACCACACGCGUCUUCUUCAGGGGGACUACUCCUCCGGGGGCCUCUCUGCGCAUGUCUUUGUUAAGGACCAGUUGGGGGGCCCGUACUCCGUUUUCGCCUUCGAUUUGGCAAUGGGGGGGGUGGAGAAUCGAGCGGGUAGGGAAGCUCACAAAGCGGUACAGGGAGCCACUUCCAGAGGCAUUCCCCCCCCCUGGACGAAGAACCCCCCGGUGAGCUCGCUCCUCCGGUUCAGCUGCGACCAAGACAGUUGUGCAGAUAUGCGGCAGUGGAGCUACGUGGAGGCCAUCCCCUGCCGGAAGAAUGACGUGGCAAGGGAGUUUUAUUUGACCGGGCGGCGGGCGCGGGGCGCGAACGUGGAGAGUUCAGCGGAGUGCACAGCGCAUCGCCCAAUGAAUCGCCCAGUGAAUCUUCCCGUGGAGCGCGACUGCCCCGUGCCCGUCGAACUAAUCAACCACAGGAAUGCCUUCAAAACGUACGCCCCGGGAAUUCGCCUCUCGGAGAGGGUCAGCCUAUUCUUCGAGGCCUGGGAUUGUGCAGCAUUGCCAGUGGAGCCCUUCUCGCAGCUUUCAGACUGCAACGUGCACUGUGAAAGCGUGUGCGCACAGAUGCGGGGGCUAUCCGCGCUGGUGAGAAGCGCCCGAUUUGACGCGUUAUCAUUUGAAGACCUCUGCGAGGGGGGGCAAAAAUGGGGAGUCAUCAAGUCGGGGGGCACGGAAAAAAUGAACGGGGGCGAUGAGAAAGCGGAUGGACAGGGGGGACAUGAGGAAGAUGAUGCUCUGCGAGCGAAAGGAGAAGACGAUGCACUGCAAGCAAACGGAGAAGAUGAUGCACUGCGAACAAACGGAGAAGAUGACCAACACGAUGCAGACGGGGCGAAACGCCGAAGCGGGCCACGCCGAGCGGGCCCGCAGGUCCGCCCCCACGAUGAGCACCCGAAGUGCGCCACGAAACAGACGCGGGCGGGGGCAGCCUCCAACUGUCCACUUAGCAGCUUCGUCUCCUUUGUAAUCACCAUCGAUGGAAAAAUAUACCACAGCGUUCUUCCCAUAAGCAGGCUUCUCCUCCUCUUCGUCGUUAACUACUGGAUGCACUUCGCCGAUUAG